UCUGUGACGGCAGCCCUGGCAGCGCGGGAGGUCGGCCGCCAUAGACUACACGACACACCGGCGGACGGCGCACUCCAGUGCUCAAGGUGCGAGUAGAGGCGAGUAUCGCGUGCCGGGGCGAUGGCAGCCUCGAGGUGCGGCGCGGUGACUGAGGCGGCCCAGCAGGUGAUGUGGACCGCCAGUCGAGCACCUAGGCCCUUCAGCGAGGUGCCUGGUCCCCGGGAGCUGCCCCUGCUGGGCAACGCCUGGAGGUUCCUGCCGCUCGUCGGCGAGCACUCGACGGAGCGGCUGGACGCUGCGAUGCGCGCGCUGCACCUCCGCCACGGCCGCCUCGCAAAGCUGUCGGGGCUGGUGGGGCACCCGGACCUGCUGUUCCUCAGCGACGCCGCGGAGGUGGAGCGCGUGUUCCGGCGCGAGGACUCAUUACCGCACCGGCCCUCCAUGCCGACCCUGCACUACUACAAGCAGCGCCUGCGCCGGAACUUCUUCGGCGACACCCCGGGCGUCAUCGGCGUUCACGGCCGCAAGUGGGACGAGUUCCGCUCGGCGGUGCAGCAGGUGAUGUUGCAGCCGACCGCCGCCAGGAAGUACGUGGCGCCACUGGACCAGGUGGCGCAGGACUUCAUGCUCAGGGUCCAUGAGAUGAGAGACGACAAGAAAGAGUUACCUGGCAACUUCCUGUUCGAGCUAUACAAGUGGGCUUUGGAAUCGGUGGGACGCGUGUCAUUGGACGCGAGGCUGGGCUGCCUGAGCAGAGACCUGCCCCCCGACCACGACGCCCACGGCAUCAUCGCCGCCAUCCACACCUUCUUCAGCACCGUGGCCGAGGUGGAGCUGCGCCUGCCCGUGUGGCGGCUGUUCGCCACGCCGGCCUUCAGGGACUACAUCGGCGCCCUCGACCACUUCCGCCUGCUGUGCAUGAAGCACAUCGGCGCGGCGACAGCGCGCCUGGCGGCUGGGGGAGGCGACAGCGAAGAGUCCAUCCUGCAGCAGGUGCUGGCGCGGUGCGGCGACCCCAAGAUGGCGGCCGUGCUCGCCAUGGACCUCUUCCUCGUCGGCGUGGACACGACGUCCGUGGCGGUGACCUCGACCAUGUACCAGCUGAGUCGCAACCCGCGGCAGCAGGAGAGGCUUCACCGGGAGCUGCGCGCUGUCCUCCCCUCCGCCGACACCUCCCUGGACUGGGACAGCCUGCAGGCUGUGCCCUUCCUGCGCGCCUGCCUCAAGGAGACUCUCAGGAUGUACCCCGUCAUCAUUGGAAACGGGAGAAGUCUACAAUCUGACAUGACGAUAGGAGGGUACACAAUACCUAAAGGCACUCACGUGAUAUUCUCGCACCUGGUGAUGGGCAACUCCGAGCGCUACUUCACACGACCUGGGGAGUUCAUGCCGGAGCGCUGGCUCAAGGCGGCGGAGGUAGGCUGUCCCUGGGGCGACUCCAGGGCGCAUCCCUUCGCGUCGCUGCCCUUCGGCUUCGGGCGGCGCAUGUGCCUGGGGCGGCGCUUCGCCGAGGCGGAGCUGCUCAUCCUGCUGGCCAAGGGAACAACUACCAACAUGCAGACGACACAUCGCAUUGGCAUCUUUUUGGUAGUCACAAUUUUGGAACUGGUGAACUUGGGAACCGCACAAGACCUACGAAAUGUCACGGAACCCAAGAAUCCUCAGACCUGUGCCUCGCUGACAGCAAGUGGCACAGAAGACACCCGGACCAUACAGAAGGCUCUCGACUCCUGCACCAAGGGAAAAGCUGUCGCUUUGUCGUCUGGGGUAUUUCAUUCCGGUCCACUUGUGGUUCCUUCAGGUGUCAGUCUCUUGGUGGACGCUGGAGUGACCUUGAAGGCUCUCACGGACCCUGCACUGUACGAUCUGGGCUCGAACAAGUGUGGCACUAUGGACGAGUACGGUCUGGGCUGCACGGCCUUCAUCACUAUAGCCAAGGCCAGCGGCAGUGGGAUCUACGGCAAAGGCACAAUCGAUGGACAAGGAGAUGUGGUCAUGACUGGGAAAAACCAGACCUGGUGGGAACUGGCGUUUGAUGCAAGAGUACAAGGUACCUAUCAGAACAACCCAAGGCUCAUACAGAUAAACGACUCCUCAGACAUCACGCUGUACGAAGUCACACUGAAGAACUCUCCGUACUGGACGGUGUACAUCACCAACACGAACGGCCUGACGGCGUGGGGGCUCACCAUCCUGGCGCCGGCGAGCGCGCGGAACACAGACGGCAUCGACCCCAUCGGCUCGCAGAACGUCACCAUCGCCCACUGCCACGUCAGCAUCGGCGACGACAACGUGGGCAUAUCGGCUGUGACCGCGCCGGCCAGACACAUCUCCGUGGUCAACAACUACUUUGGCCAUGGGAACGGACUGUCCAUAGGCAGCGGCACAACCCAUGGUGUGAGCGACGUGUUGAUUGAUGGGGUGACCUUCAACGGCUCCAAGAACGGUGUGCACAUCAAGACCAACACCUACCGUGGGGGAGUCGUGAAGGGCAUUACAAUAAAAAACAUCUGUGUGUUUAAUUACGUGCAGAUGCCUAUUCACUUGGAGAUGAGGUACAUGCACCAAGUAGGCAGCCGUCUACCAGAAGUUUACGACGUUAGUUUCGAGAACAUGUGGGUGCUCACGAAGGGAAGCUUUUUGUUCAUUGGUCUGAACGAGUCACAACCAGUGAGGGUCAGUUUGAACAAUGUUCACGUUGCCAAUGGCUCAAAUUGGAUAACAGAUUAUGCAAAUAUUAGUGGAACUGUGUUUUAUGAUGCCAGUGAAGUAAAUUAUUGCUCAGAUGCUGAUAAAAUUAUGUCAAGCUACUUCUUAAUUAUAAUGUGUUGUUUGUUGAAAAAGUUAAUAAUUUAUUGUUAAAUUAAAAGUGGAAGCUGGGAGAGUGAAAUUAAAAGACUGACUUAUAACAGCAAAAAUGAUUUCUACAUUAAAGGCACAAGGGUGACUUAUACUAUUUUAUUUAAUAAAUUAUUGUUAUUGGUUUUUUAGUUUUAUGACUCUUUUAUAUAACUAUUUAAUUAUAUGUAUUUAGUUUGUUAUAUGUUGAAGACUAUUUUAAACACUUACAUUCUAUAGGUGUACCAUAAAAAAAUGUUAGUCUUGAGGAAAUAAUGUUUCUUGUUUUAUAAGCGGUUGUUAUGGAAGAAAUUAAAAGGUAUUAUUAAGUUUAAACAAGUCACAGAAUAAAUAUUUGCCACUAUCAUUCGAAUAUAUUUUAUUUAAUUUAAAAAAGAGCUUUUGUUUUCUCGGAAGUUUAUUCAUGUAAAUGUUCACAAUUAUACACAGUGUUGUUAAAAGUACUCGGAAAAAGUAAUUGGGCUCAAUUACAAUUGAUGUGGUCACAAUGUAACUAAUUAAAAGUAAAAAUUACUUUACAUAGAAUUAAUCAGUAAAAUUACAAUUACUUUCUGCUACCAUUUUAAAACUGACACAAUUCAAUUUUUUUUACACACUGUUACAUUAAUAUACAUAGCCUACAUAUAUGUUUUGUUAAAAAAUUUAUUUCAUGUAAUGAUUAAAUCUAUUAUCUUUAAUUAAAUGAAUAAUAUUUGAGGACAAACUUGCUUUAAUAACAUCAAAAGACUUCAUACAAGUAGCUACCUGUAAUAAAAGUAACACUCUUUAAAUUUUGGAAUUGACUUUACAAAACAAUUACAAUCAUGGGAAUACAGUAGCUAAUAUCAAUAAAUGUUGUAAAAAAACAGUGUUAAUAAAUAUCAUUAAUAAAA